UUUGUGGGCUCGCACCAUGUUACACCUGUGGGCUCGCACCAUGUUGCACCUGUGGGCUCGCACCAUGUUGCACCUGUGGGCUCGCACAAGCAGUUCAUCCCCUUGCAGGUGACCAAGAAGCGGGUGUUGGCCAAUAAGAAGGGUCAGGAGUUCUACAGCGCCGCCCAAUCAGCGGCCAGGAGAGGCCAGGACACGCCCCCUGGCCAAUCACACGCUCAGAAGCCCAGAGAAGACCAGUCGUCUCCUCGCGCAGAGGCUGUUGCCACGACAACGGCAGACCCGCACACUCCCCCCCGGCCAAAUAAACCCUCAACUGGCCACACCCCCGGCUCCGCCUCCAAAAGGAAACACAGGAAACUGGCUGUCAACUUUGAGUCGGGUAAAGUGUCGGAGCAGUGAUGUCAUAUCUUCAUGUAACAUGCUAACUCUAGCAACAUGCUAACUUGAAAAAUAUACACAUUUUAGCACCAUGCCAACUAUAUCAACAUGCUAACUCUAGCAACAUGCUAACUUGAAAAAUAUACACAUUUUAGCACCAUGCCAACUAUAUCAACAUGCUAACUUUAGCAACAUGCUAACUUGAAAAAUAUACACAUUUUAGCAACAUGCCAACUAUAUCAACAUGCUAACUCUAGCAACAUGCCAACUAUAUCAACAUGCUAACUCUAGCAAUAUGCUAACUCUGGCAACAUGUCAACUUUUGCAACAUGCUAACUUGAAAAAUAUACACAUUUUAGCAACAUGCCAACUAUAUCAACAUGCUAACUCUAGCAACAUGCUAACUCUGGCAACAUGUUAACUUUUGCAACAUGCUAACUUGAAAAAUAUACACAUUUUAGCAGCACGCUAAUUUAAGCAAUGUACCUACUUUAGCACCAUGCCAACUAUAUCAACAUGCUAAGUUUAGCAAGAUACCACCUUUUGCUACUUUUACGAAAUGUUAACGUAGGCAACAUGUUUACUUUAACAUGCUCAUUUUAGCAACAUGUUAACUUUAACACGCUAGCUUUAGCAACAUGUUAACAGAAGCAACAUGUUAACUUUAGCAAGAAGUUAACUUUAACAUCAUGCUAGCUGUAGCAACAUGUUCACUUUACCAACAUGCUAAUUUUAACAUGUUUACUUUAGCGUCACGCUGACUUAAACAACAUGCCAAAUUUUGCAACAUGCUAACUUUGGUCAAAUGUUUACUUGUUAUGGUAACUUUAAGAACAUGUUAACUCUGGCAACAUGCUUACAUUGUAGCAUCAUGCUAACUUUAGCAUACAUGACAACUUUAGCAACAUGUUAACUGGAGCAACAUACUUACUUAAGCAACAUGCUAACUUUAAUGUUUACUUGUUAUCGUCACUGUAACUUUGACAAAAUGCUAACUCUAACAACAUGCUUACAUUGUAGCAUCAUGCUAACUUUAGCAUACAUGACAACUUUAGCAACAUGUUAACUGGAGCAACAUGCUUACUUAAGCAACAUGCUAACUUUAAUGUUUACUUGUUAUCGUCACUGUAACUUUGACAAAAUGCUAACUCUAACAACAUGCUUACAUUGUAGCAUCAUGCUAACUUUAGCAUACAUGACAACUUUAGCAACAUGUUAACUGGAGCAACAUGCUAACUUUGAUAACAUGUUUACUUGUUAUCGUCACUGUAACUUUGACAAAAUGCUAACUCUAACAACAUGCUUACAUUGUAGCUUAAUGCUAACUUUGACAUGCAUGUUAACUUUAGCAACAUGCUAACUGAAGCAACAUGUUUAAUUUUGCAAAAUGUUUACUUUAGCAAGACGCUAACUUUAGCAACAUGCUAACUUUGGCAUCACGUUAAUUUUGGCGACAUGUUUACGUUUUAGCAUCAUGCUAACUUUAGCAACAUGCUAACUUUGACAUCACAUUAAUCUUGGCGACAUGUUUACGUUUUAGCAUCGUGCUAACUUUAGCAACAUGCUAACUUUGGCAUCACAUUAAUUUUGGCGACAUGUUUACGUUUUAGCAUCAUGCUAACUUUAGCAUACAUGACAACUUUAGCAACAUGUUAACUGGAGCAACAUGCUAACUUUGAUGACAUGUUUACUUGUUAUCAUCACUGUAACUUUGACAAAAUGCUAACUUUUAACAACAUGCUUACAUUGUAGCUUAAGUUUGACAUGCAUGUUAACUUUAGCAACAUGCUAACUGAAGCAACAUGUUUAAUUUUGCAAAAUGUUUACUUAAGCAAGACGCUAACUUUAGCAACAUGCUAACUUUGGCAUCACGUUAAUCUUGGCGACAUGUUUACGUUUUAGCAUCAUGCUAACUUUAGCAACAUGCUAACUUUGGCAUCACAUUAAUCUCGGCGACAUGUUUACGUUUUAGCAUCAUGCUGACUUUAGCAACAUGCUAACUUUGGCAUCACAUUGAUUUUGGCGACAUGUUUACAUUUUAACAUCAUGCUAACUUUAGCAACAUGCUAACUUUGGCAUCACAUUAAUUUUGGUGACAUGUUUACGUUUUAGCAUCAUGCUAACUUUAGCAACAUGCUAACUUUAGCAGCCAAAACUGUAAGAUUUGCUGUGUUUUGAUUUAAAAGUGAUGUCAUCUUUUCCUCGCCUUUGAAGGGCAAACUACAAAUAGAAGUCAGAGAGUAGCUCCGCCCCCUUUGGUUUUCUUCAGAGGACUAAGUUUGGAUGUAAAACUACUUCUUUGAAGACUAAUUUGGUUAAAACACUUUUUAAAUCUGCAUGAUCAGAGACUAUUUUCUUGUUUUCAUUCUGUACUUUUUUACAUUUGCUUGUCUGUGGGAGUCAAUAUUUACUCCUGACUUAGUACAGUCCAUCUUCAAGAUAGUCAAUAUUUACUCCUGACU